AGGCGCUCUUGCGCGGUCUCCAGGCAGACGGCCGCAGCCCCGCGCGGCGACGCUCUAGUCGCCGUUUCUCUAAGGCAGGCGGGGCGGCUUGCAGCCGCGAAGAAAGCCUCGCCCGCCCGCCAUGGCGCGGCUCCCGAAGCUGGCGGUCUUCGAUCUGGAUUACACGCUCUGGCCGUUCUGGGUGGACACGCACGUAGACCCCCCGUUCCACAGGAGCAGCGAUGGGGCCGUCCGGGACCGGCGGGGCCGGGCCGUCCGACUGUACCCAGAGGUGCCCGACGUCCUGCAGCGGUUGCGGGACCUUGACGUGCCCAUGGCGGCCGCUUCACGGACAGGGGAGAUCGAAGGGGCCAACCAGCUUCUGGAGCUCUUUGACCUUGACAGAUACUUUGCUCAUCGGGAAAUCUAUCCAGGCAGCAAGGUCACCCACUUUGAGAGGUUGCAGCGGAAGACUGGAGUUGUUUUCUCCCAGAUGAUCUUCUUUGAUGACGAGAAGCGGAAUAUCGUAGACGUCAGCAAACUGGGAGUUACCUGCAUUCAUGUCCAGAAUGGAAUGAGUCUUCAAACCCUAACUGAAGGACUAGAGACAUUUGCAAAGGCCCAAGCUGGGCCCUGAGGUCCAGUCUUGUGGAUGAGCCUCAUUUGAGGCAUAAAAGGAAAUCCGGAAGGCAUUCUCAGAUGUAUUUGUAAAUUAUUAAAGCAUGUUUGUGUGUGAC